ACUACAAGUCUGAAGACUGAAAUCCUCUCUUACUAUUUCCCCACCUCCUUCAUCUGCUCUGGAUCAUUGAAGAUUCCUCUCUCUUUUCCUUCACCUUCUUUGUUAAAAGUUCUGUCUUCAUGAUGAGCAAUGGAAGAAAUAGGCUUCCAUUCACUGCAAAUCAGUGGCAAGAACUUGAGCACCAAGCUCUUAUUUACAAGUACAUGGUCUCGGGCAUGCCUGUCCCACCUGACCUUCUCUACUCUAUCAGAAGAAGCCUUGAUUCCUCCCUCUCCUCCAAGCUCCUCCUCCACCAACCUCCUCAACUGGGGUGGAGCUGUUUCCAGAUGGGGUUUGGAAAGAAGAUAGACCCAGAGCCAGGGAGGUGUAGGAGAACAGAUGGCAAGAAAUGGAGGUGCUCCAAAGAGGCCUACCCAGAUUCCAAGUACUGUGAGAGGCACAUGCAUAGAGGCAGAAACCGUUCAAGAAAGCCUGUGGAAGUCAUGCCAACAACAACUUCAACACAACCCCAAACACCCCCUUCAGCCAUUCCCUAUUCUUCUUCUUCAAUGAACAAGAACACUAGUACCCCUUUGCUCUAUCCCCAUUCAACUUCAUCAAGACCUCAAGGCAUUGCAUUACCAUCUCAUCAGGAUCAUACCUCCAACUUCCUCCUAGAUUCUGCUUCUUACUCUAGGAAUGGUUAUGGUCAUGGAAUGAGGGAUGAAGGUGUGGAUGAGCAUUUAUUCUUCUCAGAGGCUUCUGGAAGUAUAAGAAGCACAACUGGUUCAAAUUCAGUGGAUGAUGACACUACUUGGCAGCUGGCUCCUCUUACAAUGGCUUCUUCAUCACCCUUGGGAGGCCAGUUGAAAGAAAGGGAUUAUUGUGUGUCUCAAGAUGGGUACUCUUACCUUCAGCUUAAUGAAGCCUCAAGACAGCAGCAGAGACAACAAGAGGAUUAUUAUGGUCUGGGGAGCAAAGAAGACCACCAGCAGCCCAAGAAAGUCAUGCACCACUUCUUUGAUGAAUGGCCCAAAGAAAACAAAGAUUCUUGGCUUGAUUCUGGUGAUAAAUACUCACUCCAUGGGCCCCACCUCUCAAUAUCUGUCCCAAAUUCGUCUCAUGAUUUUUACAUGACCCACAGUGAAAAGUGAGAGGUACAGUGGGGACUUGGCUUUCUGUCUGAAUCAUGAAAGGGCAGAAGAGCUAGGGAAUGGGUGGUGGGACCCUGCUUUUACUGAUCUUAGCAUUCAGUAAAGCAUGUGUAAUGUGGUUUGUGAGACAACAGUUAUUGCUCAUGCUUGUGUAAUAUAUAUGGUACUUGAAUUAGAAGUUUGAAUGGUGGUGUAGCAGUGGGAAAUGUCUGUCCACUGAGCAGUCCACAUGUAUUUUGGCCUUUCUAUUCCCCACUUCCUUAAUUCCAUUCCAACAAUUUAUGUUUUAUUGUUAUGUGUUUGCUAUGUUCAGUCAUGUGUCUGGAUUUUGCCACAGGUUUUGG